UGUCAGCUUAAGGCUAAUUAGGAAGUAGUUGUUUUAGUUCACUUGCAAUCAGCUGAUGAUGGCCUCAUCGAUUAACAUCUUGAAAGCCGACUCUGUUCUUCGUCUCAGUACCUUUUUAAAACGUUGGAAACCGGCAUGGCUAGUUCUUUAUGGGAAUGGUGAGCUGCGGUACUUUGAAAGUAAGGAUGAUUAUGUAGCGAAAGCGACCAUUAAUGUUCCACGAAUAUGCAGAGAAAUCCUAUCUGGUCACCGAAAUAUCGAUCCACCUAAAGAUCGUUCUAGCGAGUGCAUUUUCGGCCUCAGGACAGACGAAUCUAAUUGGUAUUUCUGCGCCCAGUCACCUGAUGACGCAGUAGUAUGGCGUCUUGCUUUAUCUGAAGUAAAAGGAAUGUCCAUCCCUCGUUAUCGAGUUCGUAUGCCACCUCCAGAGGCUCCACCACCAGGAUAUACAGAUGGCACAAACUACUAUCAAUACGCAUGUCCUGCUGAAACCACAGUUCCUUUAUACCAAGCUUCUGGAGGAAUGCGGGAAGUACCUAUUAUAUACCGUGGUUCAGAUGGUGAAUAUAUAAUGCCACGACAGAUUAUUGAACAUCCUGAUGGAUCGCGUACAAUUAUCCUUGGUGAUGGAAAUGAGAUUCCAUGUCAUUGUCGACAUGGUUAUUAUUGUGGAUGUGGUUACGGUUUUGGUGAUGCAGCUUUAUUAGGUUUAGCAGCUGGUACACUUAUGUGGUCUCCUUUCUUAUGGUCCCCAUUUUUCUGGUGUUAAGUAUUAUAUUGUUAUUACUUUCUUUUCUCACUUUCUUCCCUCAAUUCAUACAGGAUGAGGUUGAUUUACCAAUACUGUCAUAAUUCUAUCACAAUUCUGUCACAAUGUUUUCUUGCUUCUUGUCCAUUUUGUUGAGAUUGUUUUCAGUCAUAUGGUGGUUGACUAAUAAAUAUUUUCAUUUCGUGCUGUCAUGUUAUCAUGUUCCAUCUCUGUAUCUCUCUCAAGUAAUAUUCAGGUGUUUUUUUAAAUGAUCAUUUCUACUUGUUUUCUGAUUCACUGUGAUGAUAUCCACCUAUUUCUUUAUCUUAUUAACAUAAGAAUAUUUUUGGAAUACUUUGUUUUAUUCAUAUUGUGAAGUGUGCUUUUCUGAUAAAACAAUAAUAUUUAUAAAUGUCA